AUGAGUGAAUUAUAUUCUCCACCUCCAGCCUACGAUGAAAUCUGCAAUACGUCUAUAUCUUCAACUGCGAAUCCAAAGUGGCAAGCAUGGUAUAAGGAGUUGCAUGCAUUGAAUUUUACUCAAGAAGAAAUGAAUGAAUAUACAAAAUUAUUUGUAAAUAAUGAUAUGGAUAUAAGUAUGAUUCCUGAGCUUGGUGAUGCUACUCUUCAAACUAUGGGAAUUGAUAAAGCUGGACAUCGUAUUCGAAUACUUCGCCUUCAAAAUAACGCUUCAAAUGUGACGACAAUACGUUCGAUAAAUGUAAUUUCUCAGAGGCCACAGUGCAUUUGGCAUCCAGAUACAUUGGCUAUUGCAAAAUGUUAUAGAUGUAGACGACAUGUAUGCUUAUCUUGUCGUCGAAACGGUCCAACGAACGGUACUCGACGAAGUGUUUGUCGCAUGUGUUCUGUUGAAUGCACCAUUCUUUGAAAAACUUGAUAGAUAGUUUUUUUGUGUUACUGUAUUGUUCUAGUAUAAAAUAAAUAAAUGCGGAAACAUCGGAUUUGCAUCCGAUUGUUAUGUGUACUUCAAAAAGCAAAAAUGUACAUCCAUUUUUUUCUAUAAGGCAUAGAUCUCAUCAAGAUACGCCCCUUCUCACUAAAUUACAAGGAGAAAAUACAGGCAUGCUAAGUUAGCAUGGACCACACUGUAUGCAACUCUAUCCAGUGAUCACUGACUCCACUCUCAGUGUGAUAUAAUAUCUUUAGAGAUCACAGAAAUUGAGCUCAGAUUCGUGUUCAGCUUCAAAAACUGGAUAAGAACAGUUAUUUUUGAAUGGUUUUGUGUUUGUAUCUAGCAGGAUUACGAUCGUAAGCAACCUCAUGAAUUUAUAAGAGA